CAUCGUCCCGCCAUGGCCGACGAUGGAGACAGCGGACCUGGAAGAUUUGAACAGGAUUUUGAAGGAAGCGGUGGAUGGUGCCAAAGAUUUCCCCCUGGAGCCGCUACUCAGCAUCCAGCAGGAGGAUGCCAGCAAAGUCACAGUCCAAGAACUGUGGCUGGGCAAUUCCGACGGAAGUCCAACCCCAUGGGCGGUCGCCUACAAGUGGAGGUGCCAGCAGACAUUCAAGUCACAAAGUCUUGGCUUGGUGUGGCUGGAGGAUAAGAAGACGCAACGCGACAGAAUGUCCAGUUGGUCCAGUUGGCCAUUGAAGGCACAGCCGCUGCCCAGCCGAUGGUUCGCACCUGACGAGACGAAGGAGGCGCUAGUGCAUCUCGAAGAAGCCUUGAGAUCUUCGCGUAUGGUUGUGAAACCAAGACACGCCGCAUGUGGACAGGGCAUGACGAUCCUCAGAGAAGCGAACGAAGAAGCCAUGAGGACUGCAUUGCAGGAGGCGUUAGAGGUGGAUUGCAAACGUGGUGAAACUUGGCACCUGUACCAGGUAGAGAAAGGUGUUGGCAUCGAGCAGAUUUAUCCCAGUGUUGGUGCAAGCAUCAAGGACCCCGAUCGCCCACUGGAGUUGAAACUGCAGACGUGUCUUGCCUCGAAAAAUCCAGGGCGUGUCUUGUUGAAAUCCCAGGUGGCACGGUGCUUGUAA